UUAAAAACAGGCAAACGCCACAGCUUCUAUUCGGGGUCCUUCAUUUACUGGUCUUUUCUAGCGUUGCUUUUCCACCGAAGGCUAGUAUUGUCGUUUUUUAAUUGCUGCUAAUACAGAAUGGGAGACGCCGACAUGCAGCCCGCCUCGCAACAACCACCCAGAGCCAAGAGGCCAUACGGGGUACAGAAACAGCAAAACAAGUUCAGGAAUGUUAAGAGAAAGCCGUUCCUGCAUUCGACUGACAUAGUGUUCACAAAAGGGACAGUCAUUAAGACCCUUCCCUCUCUCACCAUGCUGUUGACUGGAGUCAAUGAGCCCAUCAUUGGCCUUCAGUAUGUGUGGGAGUACCGUAGUCCCAGUAAAUCGGUACCGCCACACUAUCAGUGUAAAAUCUGCAAUGUGACCCGUCUACAGCACGACAUGCUGGCCCACGUCAAAGGCUGGAAACACAGUCUCAGAUAUAUGAAGCGGGCUCAUCCCACUAAAGUGACAGGUGACGAGGAAGAGGCCAUCAAAGACCCUUUGUUUAGGAAGAAAGUUAAAGAGGCAUCAGCUGAGGUGGCGAGCGCUGAGGGCAGCGGGAAACUCAAGGUGAUCCUUAAGGAGCCCUGUGAUGUCCCUGCGUUCCAAGGUCUCCGGACUGCUAUUCCCAAGCCUUUGCCUUCACCAGGAUCUAUGGGACCACCAGGCCCAUAUUUAGGUGGCAGGUUUUCUGACCCCAUGUUCCAAGGAGAAUAUCCCACUCAUGGAGGUCCUUUCCACAAUCCUUCCAUUGGUGACUAUGGAGAGCUGGACAUGGGAGGCUUCCCUAGCCGGCCGGACUACCCUGCCUCCAACAUGAACCUUAGACGUUUCCCAGACGAGAUGGGCCCUUCUUCCCACAGCGGGGGUGGAAAUGGUUUUUCAAUGGCUAGUAGAAGAGAUAGCAGUGGAUUGCUGGGAGACGGCCCUGGUCGAGGUUACAAAGAAGACUUUAGGGGGAACUCGAUGGGGAGCGGCCUAAUGGAGAGGCCAGCAGACAGACCAGAGGAGAGGCCGGGCCUCAUGGGAGCACACCCCGAGAGCGGCAGCCUGCCCUCCACAUUGCUCAGUUACCUAGAUACCUUUCGGAUAGAAAACGAGGACGAUGCCCAGAUUGUUCUGAAGGUGACCCAGAAGCUGACAGAUGUGCUGAUGGAGUACCGGCUCAGAAGUGUCUCUGGGGGUUCUACCACUCUCGGCAGUGCAUCAAGUUCUCAGAGGGUCUCCAAUCCUGGAGAACGCUACUCCGGAAAUUUCUUAGGUCCAUCCCGGUACUCUGGUGGUUCAUCAAGGUUUUACAACUGACCCUGCCUUCCACAGAAGAUGGUUCAUCGUUCCUCUUCAGUUCUUAGAUUUAUCUCAACCAUUUUUGUUUUGUUUUUUAAUAAUCCCUUGUGAAGAACUCUUUGAUGGGAGUGAAGAUUUUUAUUUUAUUUAAACUUGUAUCCCCAUGUGGAUAUAUACACACUCUGCUGUAGAUAAUAAAUCCACUGGACCAAAUGUGGAGUUUUGUGUGUUUUUCACCAAAAACGAUCUAAGUAUAAAAGUUGUCUACCAUUUGUAUUAAACUGUCAUUGCUGUAUAACUAA